AUGGAUGAUAUUCACAAAUGGCGAUUUAAUAGCGAGAGGACCGGGAUAACAUGGCUAAUACUAGAUUUGCUCGCUUGGACUUUAUCUUUCUACACGUGUUUUCAUUUAAUAUUGUUGACUUUUUAUGCGCACAGAAGUUUUGUCAUCUUUGGAUAUGCCUUAGUUAUGCUUUUAUUGUUAUUAUCGUUGAUACAUGUCUCACUGUCGGAUCCGGGCUGUCUACCACCGCCAACUACUGAUGAAAUUGCGGCUGACCCAAAGACGUUAGCAUUCGAUUACUGCCAGUUGUGCAAGGUGAGAAAACCGCUAAGGAGUCAUCACUGCAGGGCGUGUAAGCGUUGCUUUCGUAAGCUGGAUCAUCAUUGCAAAUUGUUAUAUUAUAUAGAUCCGAAUCAAUGCACCAAUUGUGGCUAUAUGUCGAAGAAUAACUGGAUUGUUUAUCUCGUUACCGCCCUAUCGGGAGCAGUUUGGCUAUUUACCAGCAUGUUAUUACUCAAUCAAACAUUUAAUCUGAUGUUGAACAAGACUACAGCAGAAAGGAUUAAAGCUCGCCGAGCGGGCAAAGGAGGCCACAACAAUUAUUAUUCCUCCAGGUUCUCUCGAAUCACGAAGACUACAUUAUUAACAGUGUUAUUACUUACGGUUGCGUAA